CAGAAGGGCAACGCUCUGGUGUAAGUAAUCCCAGCUGUUUCCUAUUAUGGUAAAAUAAUCUUUUCGCUGGCGGGAUCUCCGAGUUCUUUAAAUGAAGCAGUUUCGCUUGAUCAGAGCAAGCAGUUGAUGUGUUUCAUCGGUCCUCUUCAGUGAUUGUGGCGUUGAAAGUGUUUCGUAAAUCUACGGUGGAUGGUUUGCUCUCAUCAUGUGUAUCAAGGAGAUUUGUGUUUGGACAUGGCUCAUUUUAGCGUUUUUCCUCUUCUCUGUUAAUGGCGAAACAUCAGGACCAUUUUUCAUAGUAACGUUUCCUGUAGUGAUUGAGUCAGGCUCUCGGGCCAGACUGUGUGUCAGUCUUUACAAACCAAAGAAGACCCUCUCGAUGAGCAUUCAUCUGGUUAAUGAUGGCCUGAACACAUUGCUGUAUGAGACUAAAACUAAGAAGGGAUUUCAUCACUGCUUUUACUUCCAGGCUCCACGGGUAGUGGGAGACUCUGUGCAGAAAAUAAAGACCGUAAUAAAGGGGACGACUUUUAAUGUGACUGAGGAGAGGAAAGUCCUUUUUAAAAGUUACAACAAUUUGACGUUUAUCCAAACGGAUAAACCCAUCUAUAAUCCAGGACAAACCGUGUUUUUCAGAGUUGUAACCAUGGAUGACAAUUUUGUGCCUCUUGAUCAAAUGUAUAGUAUGGUUGUGGUGGAGGACAAUCAGAAUAACAGGAUUGGUCAGUGGACAAAUGUUUCCUCCUCGAGGUGGAUCUUGCAGCUUUCUCAUGAAUUAAACCCAGAAGCUCCACAAGGCAUGUACACUCUGAUGGCUUUUAUUGGUGACUGGAUGGUUAAAUGGCCUUUUGAGGUGAAAAAGUAUGUUUUACCCAAGUUUGACAUCACUUUGAAAGUGCCGCAGACACAGAGUGUUGGUGAAGUUGGACUGAAAACUGAGGUUUGUGGAAGGUACACAUUUGGGCAACCUGUUCCUGGGAAAACAUGGGUUCAAGUGUGUCGUAAUCCUUUUGGCUAUGCCACUGUUCCUGGGGUGGUUUCUCUGUGUUUGAAUAAAACUGCUGAGAUGAAUGCGACUGGUUGUGCCUCAGUUAUGUUCCGUAUAUCUGACUUCUUGAGCUCCAGUUUUGAGAACUAUCUGCAAGAUAUUCUCCUAGUUAAUGCAAGUGUAACCGAGGAAGGAACUGAUAUAGUCAUGACAAAAUCUGAAAGCAUAUCCCUGACUUAUGAAAUUGGAAGGGUCACGUUUCCGGAGAUUCCGGAGUUCUUUACACAUGGAUCAGUUCUAAAGGGAAAGGUCAGUGUUUCCAGUUUCAACGGGACACCAAUUCCAGGCAAAGCUGUCUAUAUCUUGGGACGUUGGAGCUGGCCCCCAAUACAGCUCCAGAGUCUUAACACUGAUAGCAAUGGACUGGCAUCAUUUUCCAUCGAUACUACUAGUUUUCCAAACAAUGAUGCUCUUCUGAUGGCUAGUGUUACUCCAGAUGUUUUUGGUGGCUACAAAAAGGUGUACUUCACUUCAGCUGAGAAAACUGUUCAGCUUUUUCAAAAAUCUGCUCCCACUACCCCAACAAUGAGUACACUUACUAUAGUGCAGCUUGAGCAACCACUGAAGUGUGGUCUUGCACUUCCAGUAACCAUCAAAUAUUAUUUUGUUGGAGAGACAUUUGACCUUGUCUACAGCACAGACAUAGUCUAUAUGGUCUUGUCCAAAGGAGUGAUCGUUCAACAUGGAUACCAAAAGGUUGAAGUGACCGCUUCUAAUGCAGUGUUGAGUGGCACUGUGUCUUUCGUGCUCUCUGUUGAACCUAAUCUGGCUCCAGUAGUGCAGAUUCUGGCAUACUGUGUUCUACCAAGUGCAAGUGUAGUUGCUGAUGGCACAGAUUUUGUCACUGAGAACUGCUUAAGAGCCAAGGUGUCUUUGCAGUUCUCUCCAGCUAAUGCAGUUCCAGGUGAGAACAACACUAUAAAGCUCUCCGCUCAACCUGGUUCAGUGUGUGGCCUCAGUGCUGUGGAUCAGAGUGUGCUGAUUUUGGAGCCAGGGAGACGUUUGAAUGCUGAAGCGAUCUUCGAUUUGCUACCAGUGCGGGCGCUCUCGGGUUACCCUUAUGAUGUAGAGGAUGAACCAGGAUGCCUGCCUGUUGGACCCCGGCUGCCUUUAAAACCUGUUCUUCCUGCACGCCGACACAUUUUGCCUUGGCCAAUACCCCAGGGCAAUACCCAGGCUUAUUACACCUUUAAGAAUAUGGGGCUGAAGAUUGCAACAAAUUUGGCUGCCCUGAAACCACAGUGCAAUUUUUGGGAUGUGAUGGCCAGGCGUCGUCCUGAAGCCACGGCAGCGGCUGCUGGACCGGGUGCAGGCUCUGCCACAUCACUUUUUGAAGUGACUGUUCGGACGUUCUUUCCAGAGACGUGGAUCUGGCUUCUUGCUGAUGUGGGGGCUUCUGGAAAAGCACAGGUUAAGGUCCAGGUUCCUGACACAAUCACCACUUGGGAGACGGAGGCCUUCUGUCUGUCACCCAAAGGUCUGGGUCUGGCUUCUCCGGCAAAGCUGACAGUUUUCCAGCUCUUCUUCCUUGAGCUGUCUCUGCCUUACUCUGUAAUCCGUGGUGAAAGCUUUGAGCUGAAGGCCACGGUCUUCAACUAUCUGACCAAGUGCAUCAUGGUCACCGCAGCUCCAGCGGCUUCCUCCAACUACACUCUUCAAGCCAACUCUCCUCCGUAUUCCUCCUGUCUCUGUGCCAAUGGGCGGAAGACCUUUAAAUGGACCCUUAUUCCCCUUGUUCUUGGAGUUUUGAAUGUGACUGUUAGUGCACAGGCUGUGCAGUCUCUGACUCUGUGUGGCAGUGAGAGCGUGACUGUGCCACAGAGAGGACGCAUUGACAUAGUCACUCGAAGUCUACUUGUACAGGCUGAAGGUGUUGAAAGAACAAAUACCUACAGUUGGUUGCUGUGUCCACAGGAAAGCAGUGUCUUUGAGGAGGUGAUGCUGACUGUACCUGCAAAUGUGAUUGAGGGAUCCACCAGAUGUUCGGUUUCAGUUGUUGGGGACAUACUGGGCCGUGCAUUAAAGAAUCUAGAUGGAUUGGUGAAGAUGCCAUCUGGCUGUGGAGAACAGAACGCUGCUAUAUUUUGUCCCAUCAUUUACGUUCUUGACUACCUGGUGUACACUGCGCAGCUUACCUCGGACAUCAGAGAGAAAGCCCUUAACUUCCUAAGGAUUGGAUACCAGAGAGAACUGAACUACAGACAUUCAGAUGGUUCUUACAGUGCGUUUGGUACUGGUCAAGGGAAUACAUGGUUGACUUCAUUUGUCCUCCGGUGUUUUGGCAAAGCACAGACAUACACAUUUAUUGAUCCCAAUGUUAUCUUGAGUGCAAGGAACUGGUUGAUAAGUAGGCAGGGUCCAGAUGGCUGUUUUGCGCAAGAGGGAAUUCUUUACCACCAUGAAAUGAAGGGUGGUGUAGAUGAUAAUGUGACCAUGACUGCCUACAUUAUGAUAACUUUGCUUGAACUGCAAACUCCAGUCUCUGAUCCAGUAGUUGUCGGGGGCUUGUCCUGCUUGAGGCCUGUCGUUGGGAAUAUAACGAGCACUUACACCACUGCUCUGCUUGCCUACGCUUUCAGCCUCGCUGGAGAGACUAACACUCGUCAGACACUUUUAGCAAAGUUGGAUAAUAUUGCCAUCACAACUGGAGGUCUUCACUGGUCUCCGACUGUAUCUGGUGCACAGUCAUCUCUUUCUUUGGAAGUGGAGAUCAGCUCGUAUGUGCUUCUAGCUGUUCUCACUGUAGAUCAGCUCUCAGCAGCUGACCUCGGCUAUGCUAACAGGAUUGUCCGCUGGCUUGUGCAGCAGCAGAAUCCCUCUGGAGGUUUCUUCUCCACUCAGGAUACAGUGGUGGCUCUUCAGGCUCUGUCUUUGUAUGCCAGAGGUUUCCGCUCGAGUGGAUCCAGCACCGUAACCAUAUCAUCAGUGGGAGAAACAUACCAAUUUGUUGUGAAGAAGACCAACCAGCUGCUGUACCAGGAGAAGCCACUGAAGAACAUUCCAGGCAAAUACAGUAUUGAUGUGAAGGGCUCUGCUUGUGUGUCUGUGCAGAUCGCCUUGUUUUACAACAUCCCAACGCCUGCUCCGACCACCAAAUCGUUGCUUGUUGCAGCUAAGGUCACUGGAGACUGCCUUGCAUCACUUGGACUAAAACUAAUGCUGAAAUUCACUGUCAAAUACAGUGGGACGCAAGCAAAUACCAAUAUGGCAAUUGUGGACAUUAAAAUCCUAUCAGGGUUCACAGCAGACACCUCAAUGCUUGGAACUCCACCCAAUUCAUACGCAUCACUUGUGGAGCGUGUUGAUUAUAAUGGGGAUCAUGUCAUAGUGUAUUUGAGAGAGGUUCCAAAAGAUAUUCCUAUGAGUUACAGCCUACAACUGAAGAGAGCUUUUCAAGUGAAGAAUAUCAAGCCAGCUGUGAUCAAAGUCUAUGACUACUAUGAACCAAGUGACCAGUCUGAGACUACAUACUCCUCCCCCUGUGUCAUCAUGGUGAUUUAACCAUUUGUGCCAACCAAAAACCAUGGAUGAACAGUGAGGUCCACCUGUUACUGAGAGCUUUCAAAACGGGGAAAUGUAGGCAUUAGGGAGGCCGAACUUUGAGACUCCCUUUCACUCCAAUGACCCACAGUGACUGUGGCAGGGCAUUCAAACACUUCUGGAUUACAAAACUGAAAACGUCAAUGAUCCAACUGAUGCAUGAUUCAUCCAAAAAGGAAAGCAAAGAAUUGACUGAGCUCAUGACCAUCAGUUCACCUAUCACACAAAUAGGUCAACAGAUGAAUCUCCACUGCCAUUCACUACUUACAGGAUGCUCUUUAUUGACUACAGCUCUGCCUUCAAAGCUAUCCUCUCAACUCUUAAAACUAAGACCUGGGAAUUAGCAACCUGCUGUGCAAAUGGACAUUAAAUUUCCCUACCAACAGACUGUUAGAUUAGGUAGCCAGUGUUCCUCUAAUCCAGAACACUGGCACACCCCAAGAAUGUGUUCUGAGCCCCUCCUGUAUUCACUUUUUACCCACAACUGUUUUCCUGUCCACAGUUCCAAUUCCAUUAUCAAAUUUGCAGAUGACGAGUUAUUAAACUGAUCACCAACAAUAACAAGUCCGCCUACCUGGAAGAAGUGCAAAACAUUGUGGAGUGGUGUGCACCUCAACACUUCAGGAAGCACAGAGCCACAGAGAACACUCCCAUAUACAUCAGUGGAGAGGGUCAGUAAGUUGCUUGGCAUCCACAUCACAGAGGAUCUCAUGGUCCCUCAACACCUUUCCUGGUUAAAAAGGCAGUGCCUUUUUUCUUGAAGGCUGAGAGGGGGGGGGAAAUCUCCAUCCUAGUAGUUUACUGAAACUUCUACAGAUGCACAGUUGAAGGUGUUCUCAGCUACUGCAUGGUAUCUGACCGUAGUCCUGCAGCAUCUCGUCAAAACUGCUCCACAUAUCACUGGAAUCCAACUCCCAGCCUUCAAAGACCAACAAACUGCACUGCCAGAACAGAGCACUGCAUCUUCAAGGACCCCACCCACUCAAGCAUCUCUCUACUCCCUUCUGUCUUUUGGAAGGUAGUACCGACUCAUUCAAGCUCGCACCACAUGGCUAAAGAACAGCUUUUAAUAUGCGACGUGUCUUUUUCUCUCUUUUAAUUUGUAAACCUUGUGGAAAGCAAAAUAAUGUAGCUGUACUCGUACAAGGACAAACAAUAAAGAACAUAGUACUGUA